AACGGUUUGCACUAUGAGCACUUGAUGAAAAGGUCUCGGUUCGAUUCCAGAUCUCUGCAUGAUCGGACUAUGAGGCAACCGGAUCGGCUAUGUAAGAUCGAAUCCAAAAGUUUGCAGUGCGGCAACAAAAACAAUAUGCCAUCGGUAUCAACACCACACCAAUUUCGAGAAUCGUGCAGCAAUAAUCGAAGAAUAUUGACGAUGGCACCACUGCGAAUGGGGUGCCGCGUUGCGGCAUUCCUUACCUCCAAUACCUUUUUGUUUUUGUGUUCUUUUCAGGUUCUAUUAAUGACACUGGAACUGCUUGCUUUUGGGAGCGGCGCGGCGGCGCUUGCGAACUGCCCAGGCGGCUGCAACUGCAAUGAUGAUACCCUCGUGGUAGUGUGCGAGGAGAGCCGUCUCGACGUGCUGCCCAUCGCCCUCAACCCCUCCAUCCAGCGACUCAUCAUUCGCAACAACAAAAUCAAGACCAUAGAUAGCUCCAUGCAGUUCUACACAGAACUCCAGCACUUAGACUUGUCCCAAAACCACCUCGUCAAUAUACCCACGAAAAGCUUCGCAUACCAACGCAAGCUCCAAGAACUUCACCUCAACCACAAUAAAAUAUCCUCGGUAACAAACACGACUUUCCAAGGACUGAAUUCCUUGACAGUCCUCAAUCUAAAGAGAAACUUUUUAGAGGAGCUCACCAAUGGAAUAUUUGCCACGCUGCCUAGAUUAGAAGAACUAAACCUAGGUCAGAAUAGAAUAUCAAAAAUUGAACCCAAAUCUUUUGCGGGUUUAUCUGCACUGAGGAUUUUGUAUUUGGAUGACAAUCAAUUAAACUCAGUGCCGACAGUGUCCUUUAGUCUUUUAGGAAGUCUUGCCGAGUUGCAUGUAGGCUUAAAUGCAUUCUCUUACUUGCCAGAUGAUGCCUUUGCUGGUCUUAACCGACUCGCAGUGUUAGAUUUAAACGGAGCUGGACUCUCCAAUAUAAGUGAGAACGCAUUUAGAGGACUUCCAGGAUUAAGAAGUCUUAACCUGUUCGGAAAUAAACUAAGCACUGUGCCAACACAACAACUUUCAGGCCUUACGAGGCUGGAAGAACUUUACAUCGGACAGAACGACUUUCUCAGCUUGGAAAGCCAUUCCUUCAAGGGAUUAAAAAAUUUAAAACUGCUUGAUAUAACUGGAGCAACUCAACUACAAAAAGUUGGUAAGGGUGCGCUUGAAGACAACAUAAAUUUGGAGACAAUCGUCCUAUCUAACAACAAAAAGCUGUCAGUUUUAGAAGACACUACUCUUUUAGGCCUCCCGAAACUAAAACAUGUUACACUAAGAGACAAUGCCUUCAUAUCAAUAAGUGAAGCAGUUUUCGUUGGUAAGGAAUUGAAACAAUUGGAUUUAACUGAUAAUCCCCUACUCUGUGACUGCCGACUCUUCUGGCUGCAGGAGCUUCUCAACGAAAAGAGUAAUUUCACACAAAUUCAGUGUGCCGCUCCAGAACAUCUGAAAGACAAAAAUUUGAGGGCCUUAAAUGCUGACGAUUUAGGUUGCGUAGUGCACGACAGCAGGCAGCAAACUAUAAUCGGCAUUGUUGUUGUCGCUUGUGUAGCUAUACUAGCAACCCUAGUCUUGAUACUAUACAGGUAUAGAAAGAGCAUGCAAGAGAAACUCAAAGAUUACAAAUGGAACAAGGGUAGGAAAAACUUAGAAUACCAUAAACCAAUAUCGACGGAAGAGGACUGCAUACUAGAGCUUUACGCCUCUCCGAGCGUGUUCUUCAUGUCAGGCGGCCAGGGUUCGGCCCGGCGGUCUCAACGCUCGGGAGGCGGCGCCGGCGGCGGCGGCACGCUGCCUGCGAACGGCUUCACAUACAUUGGAGGCGACUCGCGCCCGCACCAGCCGCUCACUCUUAACAAUGGAGCGCCGGCGCACCACCAGCUCAACAACGGCUCACUACGCUCCUUGCCAGAUAAAAAGAACAAUCGGAAUGGCGUCGUUUGUCACCCCGAAAAUUUCCAACGCAACCUCGACACCCGUUAUUCGAGAAAGCAGGAAAAUGGGUAUAUGAGAAAUUCAGAAACCAUAAUCGGCUUCCCGCGGGAUAGAGAGUAUGAACGCGAGCACGCGGACUACAGUGAGCCGGAGUAUUCAAUCAUCCCGGAAAACGGGUACGGUAGGCCGAUGGAUGACUAUCCACGCUCCUGCAGCCACUCCAACACCUUCAAUUGUUGAGUGAGUGAAGCUAUAAACUCUUCAAUCGUUUGUGAUCUUGUAAUUCUAGCAAUAAAUCUUCAUUCCAUAUAAGUUUUCUACGGACGGUUAUUAUAAUGGGAGGUAGUGCUCUAGAGCGGUUAGUGAUGUUAGUUUCGGGUUCGGUGUACGUACGACCAGUGAGGACUGUAUUAUGUAUCGUAUUCGGUUAAAAGAGUACCUUAUUUGUAAAUUAUAAAUUUAAGUAGGGAGGUUCUAUUUUUCAAUAAGAUGUCGGGGAGGGAGGUAAUGAAAGUGAAACUUUCAUUGGACACACUCGUACAAUGUACAGCUAGUCGCGUAGGGGGACGUAUUUGGGGCGCUCGUAAGGACUCCCGCUACGACUAUAUUAUUAACUAUAUACUUAUGUACAUCAUAAAGCAUGUGAUUUGUAAUUUUUUCUACCAGUGUGGUAGUUUGUAUUUUUUAUUUUGUACAAAAAAACCAUUCCAUAAGAAAUCUUUUUAAUGUCUAAUAUUUUAUU